AUGCUGCUGCUGAGGACUGUCGUCGCGACAACUGCUGCUGUGGUUGUGGCGCUGCUGUGCUGCGUCGCUCUGGUGCCGCCAUCAGCAGCAGCAGCUUCAGCUUCAGGUCGCUACAACAUCGAGCACCGAUCUUACAGAGUGGCUCGGUCUCCGUCAACUGUGAGCAUCAACUCAACACACGAUUACUACGGCCUCCGGUUGUACCCGGCCCUAGGUGACAGCGGCGACAACUACUGGCUACAGCCAGAUGACACAUGGGACGAAUAUCGCGCACAGUAUCGGUCCUAUGUGUCUGUGCCUCUCUCGUUUAGCUUUCCAUUCUACGGUGUCGACACACGCCUAAUUCACAUUGCAUCUGGAGGCUUUGUGUCCACGGUGCCAGGUGACAAGGACGCGUGGCCUGUGACUGUGGAGUCGUAUUACAUUGCGCCGUUGCUGGCUGAUUUUGACCAUGGAAACACCACAGAGGAGACUGUUGCCUUCAAGGACUUUGGUGACACCUUUGUUGUGCAGUGGCGCGGUGUGGUGCUGCACACGCGCCAAACACCAGAACCCUACAGCUUCCAAUGCGUUCUCAAGCGAGACGGCACCAUCCAAUUCUACUACAAGGAGGUUCCACUGGCCCCAAACUUGAUUCGCAUCGACAGCGAUAACAGACACCCCGUCGAGGUCGGGCUGGCGGACUCAUACACGCGCGUUUUGACUGUUGAUGGGGCGGAUGUUACUGUUCGCUACGAUUAUCAUUCCAUCGACGUGCCGAAGGCCAAGAUUCAGAACACAACGUUUAUUGUCUUUGACCCUCUCCCGACGUGCAACUCGUAUUCGACGUGUCGCACGUGCGCGCAGCACGAUACCGUGUUUGACUGCGUCUGGUGUCCAGCGCUUGCGCGCUGCAGUGAUGGGUUUGACCGCUAUCGCGAUGAGUUCCUGACUGCGGACUGCGACACCGACAACAUCUCUCCGGAAGAAAUUGAUCAAUGCACCGAACCAGUGACAGACACGUAUGUGUACAAGUUUGCGUGGCCCGCCACCAACUUUUCGGAUGACUGCUGGUACUGGCUCGGGAUUCGCGUCGACCAUGAUGUCUCCUUGUUCGAAGAUCGGUCCGUUUCGCCGAGCGAAGAAGGCGCGGGCGUCACCGUGUCGUUCGCCCUUUCCCUGACGAAAGCAGACAGCAUCCACGUGCUCAACCACCUCACCGCCGACCUCCCUCUUCGGUGUGAUGGCACCACACUCGCUGUCUCCAACGCGCAGCGACAAGCACCUUCAGGCUCCGCGACUGUAUCAACAGAGACCAUCAUCCUGAUUUCCUGCGCUGGUGUCCUUGCCAUCCUUCUCAUUGCCAUAAUGGGCGUGCUGUUCUAUGGCUACUCGAACCCAACGACUCCGCUCGGGCAAUGGAUGAUCCGCCACCGCCGCUGUCGAGGGCUGUGCUGUUCUGGAGCGGAUGUUGAUGCUGCCGGGAAUGGCGGGGAUGACCGCGAGGCAUUACAAGACACCCCUGUGGACACAGCAGCGCCCAGCGCUCACCCAGCCGAUCCCACCUCUCCCCAGCAAGAACCAGCAAGAAGAAGCAACACACCACCUCGAGCACCACCACCCACCAUGGUUGAACGACGUAUGGUGGUGGCUGGUGUCCUGGCGUUUGCCGUGCCGGCGGCGUUCAACCUGCUGUUGAACCUGGCGUCGUCGGCAUCUGCAGGCCUAAUGAGCUUCUUCUUCUACACGGACUUCUUCCUGGCCGUGGCAUCCGCCGUCUUGACAGUGGUCCUCUUGCGUGAGGCAAACCUCCUCACCCGCAACAACAUGUGGCUGCCACUGGCGUUUGACCGGCUCAACCUCUUUGGGUUCUGCUUCGCCGCGUUCCAGCUCCUCGACAUCCACACCAUCGUGUACACGUACCUGGACGAGUCCGUGCACCUGAGCACAAGUGACUUUGGGUUCCAGCUUGCACGCCGCAUCGUCGUCACAGUCACCUUCAUCGCCCUCCUCCCCUACAUCUACCAUGUGGAGCGCAAGCACGAGAGCGAGGACACAUACCAUGCCAUCGACAACGACACCCAUGGCGGCGGUGGCGACGACGACAACGACAACGACGACAGCGACGACGACAACAAUGACGACAAUGACGACCAGGUGCACGACGCCAACCCACAGAGCAGCCACCACGAACAGGGGACGUCCAGCAGAGAGAUUCUGCUCGCCGGCAUCAUGUGCGGGUUUGGGCUGGCAGAGGCGCUGCGCAUGCUGCUGUUGCCUGCCCUUGCAUUUGAGGACUUCCAUCAGCUGGAGCUGCACACGCGCGAGAGCAGCCUUUGGCUCAACUUUGGCCUGAUCCGCCCGCUGGCCGUCGUGUACGUGCUGGAGGGCGCCGUCACAAUCGCCCACGGCACGCGCAACCACCCCCGCUUCACCAUCAGCCCCCUCCUGCACAAGGCCAACGUCAUGGACGACAACCCAUCCAUGGGCGUGGCCCUGCUCGGCAUUGCCUACUUCAGUCUCAUGCUCUUUGGCCACUAUGGCGUUGAGCUGCACGCCGUCUUCACGGCUGGCUUCGCCCUGCUGGAGGCGUGCGUCACCAUAGGCGUGCUGCUGUGGCUGCUCGUCCGCUACGCCUUCCCCUGCCGCGCACGCUACGGCAUGCUGUCCAUGCUCCGCUUCGACCGCUUCUCGUUUGUCCUCGGCACGGCGUGCUGCGGCCUGGCGUGUGCGCUGCUCACGUGGGUUGUCAUCAUCCACGACUCCGUGCGCGUGGAGGAGGCAAGCCUCUUCUCUCGCAACGUGGGCUGGUUCCAGGCGGUGUUUGUGCUGCACAUCGUUGAUGCCGUCUUCCAGUCCAUCUUCCUCAUCAUCGUCCACAACAUCAACUCCACCGCCACGCACAACCUCGCACACAACGUCCUCUAUCUCCUCUCCUGCAUGCUCAUCCUCCACAACCUUGCGCUGUGGGUGCUCAACACAGACUACGAGCUUGCCCUCAGCCGGACGCUGACGAGGAAAAGCACGCGCUUGCUCAUCUCCCUCUGGCCGCUGGUGGUCGAGUGCCGCAUGCAGUGUGUCGUGCUCAUGUCUGGUAUUGUCUUGCACCGCGCCCACAAGAGCACAGGCUUCUUCGCCACCCUCCUCAGCUCACGGCACGCAUCUCUCCAGCACAAGGUGCACGCGCACCACACCUUGCACGAGCCACUGCUGCCAUCAGGCGGUGACAGCAGCCAGGAGACCCGCAUGAGUGGCGAUACGUCCACAGAUGGCGACGGCGCUUCAGUCAACCGCGCCCCAUCCACAGCCCCAUCCACAGCCCCAUCCACCACGCUUUCAACACCAUCAACGGCAACAGCAGCAACGGCAGCAACGACAACAUCAGCCACCACGCCCUGGUUCGUUCCGCAGGGGAGAGCAACACUUGAUUUUGAGUACUGGCACCCCAAGCCGUGGUUCAUGCUGCUUGCCUUGCUUGGUGCUGCUGCGCUUGCAUCGCUGAGCAUCCCUGCGCCAGGAUCGCCACCGCUGCUGCCGCCACGCAACAUCUCCACGUUCCUGCUGCUGGAGUCGUGCGAGCAGUUUGAGGCGUCUGGUGGACAGCAGCACCGGCGCAGUCUCGCCGACGCACACAUGAGCAGCAGCAGCAGCAGCAGCAGCAGUGGGGGUCGCAGUGAGAGUAGCAGUGCCGGUGUUGACAGUGCUUGGCUCUCUGAUGGGGAUGAUGGGGAGGGCGCGAUUGCAUCUGGUCAAGCGUGGUCGUGGGUCAGCGCUGUUGCAGCCACCCAAGACGAACUACCUGAUCGCGAGGGCCAGCAUGUUGACUACAGCUACGUCGUGAACGUUGUAUUUCGUAGCUAG